GGUGACUCGUUUGGUUAUGUCCCUGAGAGUGACGCAUAUGUCAAUGUUAUGCAGCCUGUAGCGGUCAAUGUCAAUCCGCUUUCUGAUAUUCUGCAGAUUGCGUUGGGAGAAGACAUUACUGAAGAUGCGGAUGAAAAGUCGGAAAGGAUUCCUUCAUUCAGUCGAUUCCUUCGUAUGCAGCUUGAUGCGGUCCGCUCUGAAAAAUCGAAAAUCUAUGAGGUACCAAAACUGGAGCUGUGGAUCAAGUACGCAAAAGCAUUGGUAGAAAUCAUUAGUCCUAGUUCUGAAAUCGUCACUAAGAAGUUGCUGAAUCAGUAUGUGAACAGACAACUGCAGUUUAUGAGAAUUCUUAUUCUUCUGGAUGGUUUUAGGCUCAACGCCAAGCAUGUAAAAGAAGCAAUAGCUAGAUAUACCGGGACGUCCCCCGGUUUUGGUAAAAACAAACCGAUUACGGACCGAGGUCGAAAUCAAGUGUUUACGAAGGCCGAGCAUGAUCACAAGGUUGCUCUUGCUAUAGCUUAUUUGGAUGCUGUAUUAGUCGGGGAUCGAGAUGAAGCGAUUGCGCAAGUACGAGCCACAUGUGAUAGUCUCUGGCAAGGAGGAAUGCGAGGUUGUGAGGAAAUCUCAAUGACGGGGAAUCGUUGCCAAUUGAAGGUGCAUGCUACCAUCGGUGAUGCAUCCGUACCAUCCAGUGAAUGGGAAAUGCACUCCAAUGACAUCACCUAUCUUUCCACAUGCUCUUGUGGUCGGCGUCAAGCAGUACGAAGGGAUCCCUUUACUCUCAAGGUAAGCAAUGCGGAACCUGAAGUGAUUGAGAGUUCCUCGCAGUCAUCGCAAGAUGAUGAUGUACACUAUCAAGACAUGAGAUCGUAUCUGGAUGAUGAGUCAGGUGAAAGUUGGUUUUUAUUUGUACGUUUCUAA